UCAUCAAAAAAAAUGCCAUUGGCUCAACCAACUCCAAGGCCAAUCGUGCCAAGGGAAAUCAUAGAAGCCGUUGCUGAAAGAAGACAACUUUUAGAUUCUAUAUUCGGAGGAGAUUCGACUACAGCAAACAGUGGAGGAAGUGGAAGUGGUGGUAGUAGUGGCGGUGGAUCGAGCGGUGGAUCGAGCGGUGGUGGCAGUACAGGAGGAGGUUCAUCGGAUAAUGGCAGUGGAAGCAGUAAUGGUGGCAGCAGUAGCAAUGGCGGUGGUUCAACGGCUAACGGUGGUGGUGGUUCUACCAGUAAUGGACAAUCAAGUUCAACAACAAGUCAACAAAGUUCAACAUCCUCCCCUUCUUCUACGAGAGAACAAGUGACAAGCUUUACAUCUUCACGUUCGUCAACUGUUGUACAACAAACUACAAGUAAUGGAGUUGUGACUUCUGUUACAGUUGUAACCAAUGCGCCCGAUGUGGUCUAUUCAACUGCUUCUGUUGGUGCAGAAACCUCGAGACCAACAAGCAGUGGAAGUUCUACUAAUGGUGGCUUGAUCGGAGGCGUUGUUGGAGGUGUUGUUGGUGGUUUAGCAUUAUUGACUUUAUUGGUUUUAGGAAUCAUUGUUUGGCGCAGAAGAAGAUCACGUACAGGUCACGGAUGGUUGUUGUGCUUCGGUCGUCGUCCUGAUACGAAGAAUGACUUGGAUGUCGAUUGGCCAACGUUCGAUCCCACAGCCGGAGCAGCAGGUGUUGGUGGAACGAUGGGAACUAAUGGCCGAAGAAAAGGUCAAGGUUAUAACGGUGGCACAUUACCAAACGUUGACGACGAAGGUAGUUAUCAUCAAGGCUAUAACGGUGAUUAUGGGUCUUAUAAUCAUGGAGAAGAUGAAAUGCGGGAUAUGGGUAAUGCUUAUCCUAAUUCUGCACCUUCUUUUGGAUCACCAACAUCGGAUAAUCAACAUUACGCACAACAAUCACAACAAUGGCACAUGGGACCAAUGACUUCGUUUUCAAACGGUGCUCAUUCUUCUGCUCCCGAUUAUAGUCAUUUAGACGCACCUGAAGUACGUGAAGAACGUGCAAGACAACAAGCUCAAGAACAAGCAAUGGCAGCAGCCGCCGCCGCUGCUGCUUCUCAUCAUUCUGGUGGUUCACCUCCACCAACAGGACAUGGGUUAUCACGUUAUGGUAGCCCAGUUGGAAGUGCCUCUCCUCCUCCAAACGAGGGUCGUCCAUUAUCAGGCGCGAUGAACGAACAUAGAUUUUCGCAAGGAACAGCACAAAUGUUAUCCGAUAAUAACUUCUUCCUUUCUUCGCCUCAAUUUGAAGAUGAUAAUGGAACUGUUUUGAACGAGAAUCAACGUCAUGGUUUGCAUUUGCAUAAUCCUGAUGCAUGAUUUGUGCACAUUUUUUUUUUGCUUUGCUCUGCUUUUCUUUUCUAUCAUCAUUCAGCACAACAAUCAUUGUAUUUCCCACUUUCAAGUAAUUACUUCUUUUUCUCUUGCU